AACACCUGUUGCUGCCAUUUAUAAUCGAAACAGCUUGACCGCUCUGUCCUGUUCAAGAACCAGAGCGGUGUUGUAAUAUAUCGCAGUUGUUCCUGGAAGUGUCGUAGCUCCUAAUCAAAACCGUUUUGAACUGGGGUGCUUGGCCCGGUUGACAAAUAUGUCACUUACGACAGUUGGGCCGGUGUUGUUGAUAUGUAUAAUGGGCUUCUAGUUAUAUUUGCAAUUAGCAUUUUGGCAUAUUAUACUGUGUGUUCUCUUUAUUUAAUGAGAUUUUUUUUUUGUCAACAAUGAGAUCUGGUUUUAACCUUUAAGAGAACUUUCAAGUUUGCUACAAAAAGAAGAAGAUAACUUUCAAGAAUUUAAAAAGACAAAGAUGAUUAUUUGUUUAUCCUACUUUAUAUUUUUUCUACCAUUAGUUUUUCUUUGUCAACAUAUUUUUGCAUUAUAAAGACACUUUUUGAGUUAACUAGCAUUCUUAUUGCACAAAACAAAAAGCAUUCUUUUUGCUUUUAAGAAUGCUGAUGUGAUGUUUAGAAUAAUGAUAUAAACUUAAUACAUUUUGAAUAUAUAGUCAAAAUUAAACAAAGAUCUAAUGUAUAUAACUAAAUUCUUUUUAGCUAACCUCUCCGAGGAACGUUUUUAUUGCAGAUAUGUAACUAAAAUAAGGCUCUAAUGAUAAUAAUAUUCUAUCCACUGAGACGACUAUUCUGUAGUAUAUAUAAACACACAUAGAUAUGUUUGUUAAAUUCAUGGUCGUCUUCAUUAAAUAACCCAAAAUCAGUUUCAGCGCUUUGGCCUUUAAUCUCAACAGUCUCUCCAUUUUCAAACAGACUCUUCACAUUCUCGAGAAAAUAUCAUUUUCCCAGAUUCAGUGCCUACUUUUCUCGGAAAAUGGAGUCUGUUAUCAGUUGGUGAUGUACAUUGAGCAAAGACGAGCUAGAGAUUUGUGUUUAGAAGCUCGCAAAUAAUGAAUCCGUCGACUUCUCCCGGCGUGAAACGCCGUCGAGGACUCUCGACGCCGUCGCUGUGCUGCGGAGGAUCCACGGCGGCUGAGUUUUGCGGUGGCACGACGGCGGAUUUCGCCGCCUUAUGUUGCUGCGGUCCUUGCAGCGUCGUCAGCCUCGUCGUCCUCGCCGUAUACAAGAUCCCUCGCGGACUCUUCCGCCGUGUGCGGCGGAGACGAGGGCUGGCGAAGAGAGGAAACGGAGAUUCAAAGCUGAGCAAAGUCGGGAGCUCGAAGUUCGCUGUUCAUCCGGUAGAGAGCAGAGAGGAGGAAGAUCUCGAUAAGCUAGCGAUGGAGCUGAAGGAGGAAGAAGAAGGAGAAGACGAGGAGGUGGUUGCGUUAGAGAAGGAGAUGUGGAGCAGAUUCUACAGUGGUGGUUUCUGGCGAAGCCUUUCGCAAGUUGAAACGGCGUCGUCUCCCAAAACCGAUUAGAGAAUCAGAUUCUUAGUGUAAGACAGUGUGAAAUGUAUAUGCUCUUGUUCAUAUAGUUUUUUCAAUAAAUACUACAUAAUCAAGUUUAGAUGUCUCAGAGGAACCAUAUGUUAAUUAUGUUUAGGAGCAACCUCAAUGGAAAGUUUCUCAUUUGAAGA